UUCAGAUAUGACGAUACAACCAACCUUCAUCCACCUGUACAGUAGACAUACCACAAUGGUGUAGUGUUAUAUUAUUUUAUAACAAAAAUAAUGUAUAUAAAUGAUUAAUAGAAACGCUCAGUUAUGACGCUGAAGGGUGCAGUGUUUUACAUUAUAUUUUUCACAUCGGUAACCGGUAAUUUCUACUCAUGUCCAAAGUUAUGCAUAUGUCCACCGGACUUCACGGACUGCAAAUAUAAUAAUUUUUCGACUUUACCUUUCGGACUUGAUAAAAAUGUGACCAUUCUGGACUUGUCCUACAAUGCGUUUCAAGUAUUUCCUGACGACUUAAAUGACUUUCCAAGUUUGGAGUACUUAAACCUUUCGUUUAAUAAAAUUGAUCGACUGGAAAAUGGUGCUUUUCGAAGAUUAAGAAAACUAGAACGAUUAGACUUGAGUCAUAAUAUGAUCAAACAAUGGACCGAUAUUGGACCAUACACAUUUUCAUCAACUCAAAAUUUACUCUUUUUGGAUUUGUCAUAUAACACUCUUCGGAUGCAACCCCGGGAAGAGAAUCCGUUACAAAUCCAGUCGUUAGAAAUCUUACGUUUAAAAAAUUGUUCAAUAGGACUAUUAAAUAACAAGCUUCUAGAUGGAUUACCAAAACUCAAAGAACUACACCUGUCAGAAAACCCGAUCAGAUGGUUGCUUUCGAGUUUGUCGUCAACAAGUUUGAAAUUUUUGGAUUUAAGUCGAUGUAAUUUAAAAGAAGUCAGUCCGAAAGUUUUCGUAAACUUAACUUCGUUGCAAACUCUCUACAUGCAACAAAAUAUUAAUUUGAAGAGUUUUUAUUGUGACUCUCGCAGUUUGCGCUAUUUAGAUAUUUCAAACUGUAAUCUUGAAUCAAUCCCACGUGGUUACCUCCCAAAUCUUAACGCGGCUAAUUUUCACGGUAAUCAUUUUCGAAUAAUUCUAAAAAUGAGCUUUGUCAAUUAUACUAAUCUUGUGAUGUUGGAUUUAUCAUAUAAUGCUCUCCAUGUUAUCGAAAAAGAAGCCUUUGUUGGACUUGAGAAAAUCGAGCGGUUGGAUUUAUCCCAAAACACUCUAUCUUACCUAAGCCCCGAAGUGUUUUAUUCUAAUACAAAUUUACAAUUCUUGAAUUUAUCCCGGAAUUACUUAAACACAGUACCAAAUCUUAGUAGUGACUUUUUGGAGAUAUUGGAUCUGAGUUUCUGUGAAAUAGCUUCUGUUGAUCAAGAUUGUUUGAUUAAUAUGCCACGAUUGAAAAUUCUAAAUUUAUCAAAGAAUAUUAUUUCGCUUCUUCCGGACAAUUUUCGUGGUGACAAUUUAAAGGUUUUGGAUGUAAGUCUUUGUAGGAUUAAAAGUGUUAAUAACAAGACAUUUGCGUUAAUGUCAUCUCUGCGUUCUAUUAAUUUAGCUGGGAAUCGUUUGACGUCUGCAAGCCCCGAGAGUUUCGCUCAAGUUGUUUCUUUGAACAUUUCUGACAAUCCCUGGCGAUGUGAUUGUUCAAAACUGAAGAAUUUGUACGACUGGUUGUCUAAAACAGGCAAGAAACUUGACAACUUGUAUUGUCAAUCCCCCGAGGCUCUUGAAGGCUACUCAUGGGUGUCAGCAUGUCAGAAAGACUGGCAGCCCACUACAGCCCGCAGCGACUCCGUUUGGUGGUACACAACCGGCUUGAUAAUAACCGUUUUCGUCAUUUUAUUUGUCAUUCUCACCAUGAGGAGAAUGUACUUAUUAAAAGAGAAACGUCUUCGUGAAGCAAACGAAGCGAGAAGAAACGAAGAACGAGAAGCUUUGCGUCGCAUGCAUCGCAUGCAAGCMGAYGCUCGAGAAGAAGCAAGUAGAAAUGCACCAGACCCUCGGGAAUUACAAAGACCACCGUCAUACAACGAGGCUUUGCUCUUACCAAGACUCGACUCGUCGCAUCCGAGUCUAUCGGCUAGUUUACACAGCAUUGCUUCCAAACAUAGCAUUAACGGCAGUCUAACAGACGUGGCGAAAAAAAGUGGACCUAGGCGAAAGCGGAGAAGAAGGAAAUCGGAUUCUUCUGAAGGUCAACGUGCGUCUCGGGUCGCCGUCGUUGACUCGGACACCUCAGAACACGAACCAGAACCUCGCACAACGUUAGAAAGUGAUUUUUAAACCAAACCUUCGAAUUGGUUUGAUAAUUUCGGUUGACAUGCCAUGGACUAGUCGAAAUAACUGCAUAGAAGACGAUUUUGACAAGUGAUACUCCCAACAGAAACGGCUUAGUACCACUAACAGUAUUUUGAUAAUAUUAUUUGUGUUACUUAAUAAUAAAUGUAACUCUAGACUA